AUGUUUCUCCCAGUUGUACUUCUGGCCUUGGCUGCUGUGCUCCAACAAUCUCUUGGACAGGGACAUGAAGGCAUAGUGGCUAUUAUCACAGAAGAGGUCCAGAAUGAAAUUGUCGACAAACACAACGAGAUCAGGAGAUGGGUGCAGCCAACUGCAAGCAACAUGCUGAAAAUAACAUGGAGUAAGAAAGCUGCAGAGAUUGCAAAAAAAUCAACUGAAAAAUGUCAAGCAAGAACCACUUCUAAAAAUGAUCUAACGGUGGAUGGGACGUUUUGUAUCCAGAAUGUGUUCCAAGCAAAUCUUCUUGCCUCCUGGUCAGAUGCAAUCCAAGUGUGGUAUAAUGCAAGGUCUAAUUUUGAGUUUGGCAUUGGGGCAAUUCAUCCAAGCAAAGAAAUUGGUGUCUAUACUCAGAACUACACUUUGGUUAUCAACAUAUUGCAUUGCUCUGAUUUCAGAGGGAACAUCGUAGAUCAAUUGCCAACACCUUACAAAGAAGGGCCAUCCUGCGGAGACUGCCCCUAUGACUGCGAGGAUAAGCUCUGCAGUAGGUUACUGAUGACAGAAAGCAACUCCUCAGGAUAA